GGGGGAUGUAAACAACAUGGAGAGAUUCCUAAAAAGAUUUAUAUGAAUUCCCAGUAGUAAAUUGUUAACUGUCUCUGUUGUGAUUUGAAGAUUCAUGUUAAUCAAAAUAUGACAUCCCCAGCUUUGAUGGUGCUCUAUUCAAAUGAUGCAGUUGAGGUUCGCUAUUCUGACCAAUCAUGUCUUCAGGUGGCUCCUUGUGGUUCCACAUUUGUCCAUCACGAAAGUCCGAAAGAAGUGUUACAUCCAGCUCAUGGAAUGAAGACUAUCAGUCAGAGAAGUGAGUUUGUGACAAGUGACUACAGACACAAACUGAUUCAAGCUUUAGAUUUCAGAAAUAGAUUUGCAGAGAGACCAUUUCUGUGCAAUGAAUUGAUUUUGCCAGAUCAGAUAGUCCCUCUAUAUGCCAAUAUAAAAGAAGCAGCCUGGGCAAAAUCAGUGGAAGACUGCGAGAUAGAUUAUCUUCCAGACGGAAGUGUUCGUCUCUUGUCGGCAGAUGAAUAUGCCAGCAUAGUUCUCUCCCCUCACAAGCAGGACUUCACAGUGUGUUACCUAUCUCAGAUCAGUUCCGAGCCCCCAAAACCAAAACGAAACUGUCAUCAAAAAACAAAUCAUAAAACAAAAUCCUCGAACAAACCAUCAGAGUGCAGGAAGGAGACGCUAGAGGCUACUUUGAGAAGUAGUUCAUUUCACAAGGAUGAUGAGUUGAAUAUUCAUUCAUCUUCACAUCGUGGUAGUCAUCCUGGCCAAGGUUUUGAGGAGGGCGGUUUGGAUGCAGAUGAAUCUCUGAGUAAACCAGCUCGUAGUGAACUCAAUAUUUCACCGAUAAGCAUGGCUAGUAGCCUGAGGAGUCCUCAUACUUCUCCAGAGAGUCAGCAAGAAUGUAACAAGUUUCACCGCUACUCGACACCAACAAACCGCUCACCCGAUGGGAAUGUGGAUGAUGGGAUAGAGAUCGGGGGCAAGAAAUCAGCUUUCAAGCAUUAUAGACAUUCACAGAACCAAGGGUCAGACGGUUCAUUCCUGGAGGUCAUUGAAUCUCAGAAAACUUCCACAACGUCUGUCAAUCAACAGAAUACAAAGUCUGGUAUUAAUGCUAAUGAUUUUUUGAAAGGGUCAUCUGGGCAAGUUGUUCACUCAGAUUCCUCUAAAAGAAUUAGCACCUCCACACAGCAAUUGAACAAAUCGUCUCAAAGAGACUCGGCCCAUAGUUCCUUUAAUUCCCAGCAAUCUGAGCAGGACUCUGUUGAGGGGGCGUCGCCCAGGUGUCUGUAUACCUGGGUCACCAGACACUUCUCCUGCGAUGAGUGUCCAGUGGCGUGGAGACACCCUCUCAACAUGGCAAGGUCAAUGAUUAACCAGAGAGAAGAACAGGAAAAGAAAAUGUUGGAUGGUUGUAUAACAAAGAAGAAAGAUCCAACCUUGCAGAAGUUUUCUAAAGAUCAGUACUGCAUGUGCCCCUUGCCGAUCCCCCUCCCCUUGACCUGCCCUGCGCAGCACCUCCACAAACUACAGAGCAGCUACAUCUAUGAUGACGAGAAAAACAGUCUGGACAACCUGACCACAUUCAAACAGGGACGAUUAAAAGUUCUAAUGGUAGAUGGGGUCAUAUUUAGAAUUUUGCAGCUCUCCUCCACCAGAGUACUUGAGAUCUACCCAGGAGAUGGGAGCGUUAUUGUGUCACAGGGGGUCAAAGGUCUCUACUACAAACACCUCAGUCCCUAUGGAGACAGGAGUGAGGUGGAAGAAAGGAGUUACUCGAUCAAAGCAUUGCCCCCUCCAACCCCAGGCACUCUGUACAGUGUGGAGAAGUUGAUCAAAAGAGCCUACAGGUUCUAUAAUCAAGCUAAUCAAGAGGACAAGAUUCUGACAAAGGCAGAUGUCUGUUGCUGGAAGCAACAGUCCCUGGUGAUAGAUCUGCUCCCCACCAGUGUACUAGAGGAGUGUACCAUCCCUGACUAUGGGAGAUUCACCGCCUUCUCCAGUGGGCACGUGCGAAUUGUGUUCAACGAUCGUACAUCCCUCGACAUGUGGUGUGACUUCUCCAAGAGGCUUGAGUGUUGUCUCCAGCACAGUGAAGGGAUCCAUAGUCAACAGUGUCAGAGCAAUGGAGAGGGAGGCAUGCCCACUGCACUGAAGGUGAAUGCAGAUUUAAGGGAAGGGUUUUGUAAACUUCUUCUUCCCAAUGGCCAGUACCAAGUGGUGGAUGUCAAAAAACCAGGACUGUACAGAAAGUAUACAGAUGCAGCCAUUGAAUGGAGUUUGUGGGUAAAUAGCCUUCCCUCCCAGAGAAAAGAAUUUUACACCAAAUGGCAGCAACAACAAAGUGAUGAGCAGAUGGUACACAGGGAGCUGCAAAAAAUUAAAUGUUUUAACUACAUUGUUGACCAUACCACCCCGAGAGGAGAUGGUGGAAAUGAACACAAUACCAGAUCAAAAGGAGGAAUGAUGCAGGCAGCAGGAAGUAUGGACCAGAUGAGAGGUCAAGAGCAGCAUGAAACUUAUCUCAGUGCCUCACAAACUUUGUCGUUGCAGCAGAACACACACUCAAGGAGCCAACUCCAUGUUCAUUUUUCUCCUCCUAGUGCCUCAAAUUCAAGUUAUCCAUUCAGGACACAAGACAGUAGUCAUGUGUCGCAUUCAAGUUAUCCAAUCAGAACACAAGACAAUAGUCACAUGUCAGUGCAGAGUCAACACAGCAGCAUUAGCAGAAGCCAGUCUGGGCCAUUUUCUAGUAAUCUUGAAAUGAUGCAAGGAUUUGAUUCGGUGAGGGAAGCAUUACUGAAGACUUCCAAAGUCAUCCAUGAUAUUGAUGACAUUUUGGAUAAGAGAAAAACAUAAAAGAUGCUUGAUUUUCUUCCAACCAUGUUGAACUUUACAGCAUCCAUUUUACCUUUGUGCAUCUACGCAAUCAUCUUUUUUAAUUGCAAACAAUUAGAAAAACACAUGUAGAAUACAAUGUACUAGCAAAUGUUAAUAGUAACAUUCCCUACAGUUAAACUUGUAUUCACAUGUAUAUAUUAAUUUAUUCAUAUUUUCAUUGGUUGUUAUUUUUAUACUUUUAUACUAAUGCAGUUACGGAAAAUAAUGUGUGCAACAUGUGCCAAAAUAAAUUCUGUUUAUUGACUUGUAUUUAUCAUUGUACAGUAUUUUUACUUUGGUUCUAAUUCUCCAAUUUCUGAUUGAAGUAUCCCUUAAAGAAAUUACAAAUAAAUCAUGCAUUGUCUGUACAGUGUGUAAUGGUAUAAACAUUUAAGAGUGCAAAUUUGUUGUUUUAAACCUGUAAAUAUUUACCGGUACACAUUGGACCUGUUCAUAUGCUUUUUGGGGAUGUAUUUAGCAUGUGCUAUAUCCUAUAACAAAGACUAUAAUUAUGUAUAAGUACUGUAGAAUCAUUAGAAUUCAUGGGGGCCAAUUUUCGUGGAUUGCUUAAAUUUUACAGGUUUAUGGGGAUGUAAUUUCGUGUAUCAACUUAUGCCUUCAGAAGAAAUGUGACAUUAUAGAACCAAUUUAUUAAUUCACUGAGGAUGUAAAUUUGUGGAUGAAUUC